AUGGGGCCGCUGGACAAGGCUGCUCGUGAAGGCCCAGCCAAGCCUGCUUCCCUCUCCAGCUUCUCAAGCUCCAGCCAGAUCACCAGCAAGCACCAUUCCCAGAACCAACUGGCUGAGUUCCUUGCAGAAAUGCCUCCGGCAAAGGACAGUCAGCUCCAGGCCCUGGGCUUUGCUCCGGCUGGGCUCCGUCAGCAGCUGGUCACUCAGCAGGUCCACCCGGUGCAGGCCGAAGGUCUCGUCACCGAGCGGGUGAUCACGAUGGGCAUGUGCCGUCCGCGGCCGUCACGACAGUCCGGUGGGGAGGGCACUGCUGCCCCUGUGCGGUGGGCAGGCGGGGAGCUGGGAGCCUGUGGCCCCUGA